AUGUCGACAGCGAGACGAGCAGCUGUAGCACUGUGGGCGAUCGCUCACUCGGCUACUUAUGGCUAUCAUAUUGCCUCGCUCAACGGUGUUCAGACCGCUGUGAUCUGUGAUGGAUCAACCGGGAGGAGUCGAUGGGAUUGUCUGGACGUCUCUGACAACCAGUACGGCUUCGCAGUGACAAUCGUGACCUUAGGCGGUCUUGUCGGAUCCCUCAGCGCUGACGCUGCGUCACGCCGAUUUGGUCGCUUGGGGACACUCCGCAUUGCAGAGACUGGCUUCAUACUGGGCGCUCUGGCUGUGGCGGCAGCUACACACCUGUGGAUGGUCAUAAUCGCCAGAAUUAUCAUUGGCAUCUCGUCUGGCUUGGUCCUCGUCACGAUCCCGCCGUUCCUGUCGCUUAUCGCCCCCGAGAGGUAUCGCACGGUCUUUGGAACUCUUCACCAGUCGUCGAUCGGUAUUGGAAUGCUGGUCGCCCAGAGCCUGUCGCUGGCGCUGGCCAAGAAGGCGCUUUGGCGCGUAGAGCUGCUCGUUGCGGCGGCGAUCGGGGCGCUCUUGCUACUAGUCGGGCUCUUCGUCGGGAAAGAAGAGCAGGAUGAGAGCAGCUCGGCAGAUGAGAGUACAGCGUUGUUGGGGGAUCGAGCGCAGAAAAAGCCGCCAUUGAGCGUGAAGGAUCUGCUCACUUCCGAUGACUCGGUUCUUCGAUCAGGCUUCCUGAUUGUGUGCGUAGCCCAGUUUGCGCAGCAAGUCUGCGGCAUCUCGCCAGUUAUGUACUUUUCGUCCCGCAUUCUCCAACCCGUCUUCAAGGCAGAAUCCAAACUGGUCGUGCUGGGAAUUAUGGCUGUUGGGACCCCCUUCAACUUCCUACCCGGACUUUUGCCCUCGUCAAUUGGAUCAAAGCGCAUCCUCCUCACCUCCGCGCUCGGCACCUCCCUCUUCUCGCUACUCCUCGCGAUCGGCCUCAACUCAUCCAAUCAGGCCUUGUCAGGUACCGCGGUGAUCUGCUUCGUCAUCUCCUUCAGCAUCGGCCUUGCGCCGAUCGCCUGGGUCGUGCUGAGCGAGGUGGUCCCCCCAGAAGCUAGGACGGCGGUGGGCAGUGUCGCAGUUGGCAUAAAUUGGUUGACCAACUUCACAGCGGGCAGCGUCUUCCUCCCUCUUCAGCAAUACCUCAGCCACGGCGAUCAGGGGGAGGGCAACAUCUUUUACGUCUUUUCAGCCGCUAGUUUAGUGGCUUGUCUAGCGAUCUGGACAUCUUAUUGGCUGUAUAAUCGGAGUCAAAUUAGAGCGGAGAGUGCGUAG